AGAGAAGCCCUAACGUAUCCCGGAAAGAAGGGGAUAUUACAGCGCUGGGCCGGAAUGUUCGGGGGCUACCUGUCCGCUUAUUAAGGGUUUGUAGCUGUCGGUGGGUUGUGGGUGCAGUUGUGGAUAACAAAUUGAUUGGUGGGGAACAUGCUGAUUGGACCUGUUUGUUUUAAACGGAAUCGGAGCCGUCAUGUUGGGAGCGCCAUCUGUGGGUAACUCAUGGUAUGACAGGAGGCAGAGACUAAUGACUGUAGCACUCAGAGCUUGGCUAACGUACAGGGCUGAUUUUCCUGGAUACAGCCAUUUGUUUAUUGCCCCUUAGCACCAUGUGGCUGCUGGCGUUCCUGCCAUUAACUGCCGAUGCCUCGUAAGAAGCAGACCUCAUACAACGCAAGCAAACCACGCCUGGUGUUCCUGGAAAGCCCAAAGCAGGGUCUGCGCCAUGAGUAUGGACUACCCCCUGACAAGGCGGCCCACCCUGUAUGUGUGCCCACCAAACCUCUGGAUCACAAUGCAUCCGCCUCUUGGGUUACCCCGCAGUUUGACCAGACGGAAGAACUGCACUUCCCAGCGCGCCGGAGGCUCCGCCAUAUGUCCAGCAACACCACUCUGCAGAACCGCAGUGAGCUGAGAGGGAGCGGAACCAGACCCGGUGCCUGCAAAUUCCCCUCCUUAUCAUUUACAAAGGGGACUGUAAAAGCCCCAAGAAAACGGUCGGUCUGUGCCAGGCCAAAGCCAACGCUUCCCAAACGAAGGGAAAGAAAUGUGUUACUGUCUCCCCUUCCACAAGAAGACUCAUGCAGCAAUGUACUUACCCCCCCAGAUGUACGGACCCCAGAAACCAGCCUUAACUGCAAUACAGAGUUACCCAAUGGAAUACCCGUGGGCAGGUCCCCAGACAGAGGGCAGGAUAAACCAAGGGAUGGCUUUGACUCCCCGGUGAUGACCGGCCCAUCACAUGUACUGGCAGAGGAUACACCAGAGCACGAGUAUGGGGUGAAAAACACGUGGCGGCGUAGGGAACAACUCAUGACCUACCUGAAAGCACGAGGACGGCUAAAAAAAAGCCAAAUUGUGGUACAAGUGUGACUCAAGGCUCCCAGAUUCAUUUAUCACUGACUGACUUGCGAGCGGAGCCUCUGCUGAACUGCUGUACAUAGGCAGGGAGCGGCCUAUUGGAUAAGGGUUUCUGUCACUCACUAUAAUGAAUUAAACCUCACUAUGCACUUUUA